UGUGAAACCACAGAUUCUGCUUGGAGUCCCACCGUUGAAAUUCCAGCUGAUCUGAAGGAGGAGGAGUCUGUCACUGUCACCUGCUCAGCUCUCACUCCCUGCCCUCAAUAUCCUCCUGAACUCACCUGGAAUCUUUCAAAAUACUCUCAAAGACAAAUUGAGGAAAACACAAAUGGAAGCUUUACAACUAAAAUCCAGAAGAACAUCACUUUGUCAGACUCUGACGAUGGAUUCACCAUCAACUGCUCUGUCAGAUAUCCUGUGAACAAAGGAGAAAAUGUGAAGACAGCAGAGACACAACAAACUCUCAGUGUUUCACAUUCUCCUAAGAACACCUCAGUGUCCAUCAGUCCGUCAGGUUUGGUGUCAGUAGGUAGCUGGGUGAACCUGACCUGCUCCAGCAGAGCCAAACCUCCUGUCAGCAGCUUCAGCUGGUUCAGGAUCAGCAAAGAUGGAGACAUCAAAGUAGCUGAUGGAGACUUUUACAGCUUUAAUGUGACAGAAAAUGCAGAGUAUCGCUGCACUGCAACAAACCGUAUGGGAAAUCAGACAUCAGAAGUUAUAGUUCUUCGUAUAAAAGGCUCAAACAAGUGA